GUGUGCACUCCUCAUAAGUACCUUGUAACCCCCUGCGUGUGUAUCCCGAUAAGUCCAGAAGGCACCACCGGAGCACACUGAUAUGAGACACUGAAGAAGCCCAUCCAUCGGGUAUAAAAAAAGGACCCUCACACCAGCAGCCAGACGCCUGUCUGCCCUCCACAGACGAGACGUCCUCCUUACCCCUGGAACUUCUGCCACUCCUGCUCUGCCCUGAGCCCAGAUUGUUAGAGGCCUCUCUUCGUGUCAAGAGACUGAGCACCUGCAGCUGCGUAUCUGACGACCUCCGUGUGUCUCUGUCAGCGAGUGUCUCCGGGUGGCCUGCCAAGGACUGAAACCCAUCAGCUCUCUGUCAUCAGAAGAGGAGUAAGAAAACAAAGGUUGAAAGCAACUGUUUCUUAUAUAAAAAGGAAGUUUUCAGGAAAAUCCUGGUGCUUUCCGGAACAUGACUCUUGCAAACUCAAGAAAAGGCAACGAAUCUAACAGCUCUGGAUCAAAGAACUUCAUGAAGACUUAUUUCAAGUUGCCGAUAUAAAAAGUGGAAGUUUUCAGUGAAGCCCUGUUUCAUUUCUGAAGAACAUCAGAGCAGGGCGUGGGCCUGCUGGAGACCAACCAAGAUUGCAAAAAUUCCUUCCUGGAAGAGGAAGAAACCACAGACAUUACAUGUUUUCUGCACUGAAAUCCAUGGUUUUCAUCCCAUUUAUGUAGAAGAAAUUUGCAAGGCAAUCUGGUUGUUAUAGUGGGAGUGCUGGUGUCCCGCUGGAAUCUACUACAUCACACUGGGAAGUGGGACUCCUUCCAUUUCUUCUUCAGUCAGUUUUGAUAUCAGAAUGGCCGCACAACUAAACCUGCCAGAAAAUACAGAUGACUGGACAAAAGAUGAUGUAAAUCGGUGGUUAGAUAGUCAUAAAAUUGACCAAAAACACCGGCAAAUCUUGACCGCACAAGAUGUGAAUGGAGCAGUCCUGAAGUUUCUAACUAAAAAUCAUCUCAUCGAAAUGGGCAUAACACAUGGACCAGCUAUCCAAAUAGAAGAACUAUUCAAAAAAUUGCAGAAAGAAUCCUCUGAAGAUCCUAUUCACAUAUGUCAGAAGAAAAAAGGCAGUAAAAAGGUGCCUAAAACACAAACUUUGAUGCAAGAAGAAAAUGAGGAAACUUCAAAGCAAAAACAAAAGGGUAAAGAGAAAUCAGAUAUGGCUAAUGCCUCUACAAUGAGUACAGUUUCUAAGUCACUAAAAAGUGAGUUCAUAGGAGAUGAAAUAGAUGAUACAAAGGAAAAGCAGCCAUCCAUAGAUCUGACAUGUGUAUCAUACCCUUUUGAUGAAUUCAGUGACCCAUAUCGUUACAAAUUGGAUUUUUGUCUACAGCCUGAAACAGGACCACUCAAUCUCAUUGAUCCAAUACAUGAAUUCAAAGAGUUCACAAAUACAAAAAAUGCCACAGAGGAGGAUGUUAAAAUGAAAUUUAGCAAUGAAGUUUUCCGAUUUGCUUCAGCUUGUAUGAAUUCACGGACCAAUGGCACCAUUCAUUUUGGAGUCAAAGACAAGCCCCACGGAAAAAUUGUUGGUGUGAAUGUCACCAGUGUCACCAAAGAAGCCCUCAUUGACCACUUCAAUCUGAUGAUCCACCAAUAUUUUGAAGACCAUCAGGUCCAAAAAGCAAAGAAGUGCAUUCGAGAGCCAAGGUUUGUAGAAGUUUUACUGCCAAACAGUACUCCGUCUGACAGAUUUGUUAUUGAAGUGGAUGUCAUUCCAAAAUACUCUGAAUGUGGACAUGAUUAUUUCCAGAUUAAAAUGCAGAACUGCAACAACAAAGUAUGGGAACAACGAAAACAUUUCUCAGUGUUUGUGCGAGAUGGGGCCAGCUCUAAAGACAUCAUGAAAAAUAAGGUAGAUUUCAAAACAUUUCAAUUAGGUUUAGAAGCAAUGGCAGAACAUAGAAAAGAAGCAGAAGAAAAAUGCAGAAUAAAAACAAAUAAUAAAAACAGUGAGGGUCCAAAGCUUAUUGAAUUGUUGACAGGAAAUAAGGAUUUGUUAGAUAAUUCAUACUAUGAAUGGUACAUUCUUGUAACAAACAAAUGCCAUCCUAAUCAAAUAAAACACUUAGAUUUUCUAAAGGAAAUAAAAUGGUUUGCUGUACUGGAUUUUGAUCCUGAAUCUGUGAGCAAGGGGGUAGUCAAUGCUUACAAAGAAAGCCGAAUAGUAAACCUUCACUUGCCAAGUCUAUAUGUAGAGGGGAAAACCACACCAAAUGAGAAGAUUUCUAGUCUAAAUCUUUAUCAGCAACCCAGCUGGAUUUUCUGCAAUGGCAGGUUAGACCUUGACAGUGAAAAAUACAAACCCUUAGAUCCAAGCUCCUGGCAAAAAGAAAAAGCAUCUGAAGUCAGGAAAUUGAUAUCAUUUCUUACACAUGAAGACGUAAUGCCAAGAGGGAAGUUUUUGGUGGUAUUUCUUUUACUCUCCUCCGUGGAUGACCCAAGAGACCCCCUCAUUGAGACCUUCUGUGCUUUCUACCAAGAUCUCAAAGGAAUAGAAAAUAUAUUGUGUGUUUGUGUACACUCACACAUAUGUCAGAGAUGGAAAGAUCUACUUGAAGCAAGAUUAACAAAACAAGAUGAAUUAUCAAGCCAAUGUAUUUCUUCUUUAAGUCUUGAAGAGAUCAAUGGUACUAUUCUUAAACUAAAAUCUGUGACUAAAUCUUCACAGAGAUUUUUGCCAUCUAUUGGUUCAUCUACUGUCCUUCUGGAAAUGGAAGAAGGUAUCAUGACUGCUCUGGAAAUUCUCUGUGAAAAUGAAUGUAAAGGUACACUCUUAGAAAACGACAAAGAUAAAUUCCUUGAAUUCAAGGCUUUGAAAGAGGAAGACUUCUAUAGAGGUGGUAAAGUAUCAUGGUGGAACUUCUAUUUUUCUUCUGAAAACUAUUCUUCACCUUUUGUCAAAAGGGAUAAAUAUGAAAAACUUGAAAAAAUGAUUCACAGCUGUGCAGAUUCUUCAAAGUCAACAUGUUCCAAAAUUAUUCACCUGUAUCAUCAUCCAGGCUGUGGUGGGACUACCUUGGCUAUGCAUAUUCUCUGGGAACUAAGGAAGAAAUUCAGAUGUGCUGUGCUGAAGAACAAGACAAUGGAUUUUUCUGAAAUUGGAAAACAAGUGACUAAUUUAAUUACCUAUGGGACAACAAACCAUCAGGAGUACGUACCUGUACUGCUUCUUGUUGAUGAUUUUGAAGAACAAGGUGAUAUCUAUCUUCUGCAGGCCUCUUUUCAAACAGCUAUAGCUAAUAAGUACAUUCGAUACGAGAAACCUCUACUGAUCAUCCUAAAUUGCGUAAGAUCACAGAAUCCUGAAAAAUGUGCAAAGAUGUCAGACAGUAUUGCCCUAAUACAACAACUAUCUCCCAAAGAACAGAGAGCAUUUGAGCUUAAAUUGAAAGAAAUUGAAGAGCAACAUAAAAACUUUGAAGAUUUUUAUUCCUUCAUGAUCAUGAAAACCAAUUUUGAUAAAAAGUACAUAGAAAAUGUGGUCAGGAAUAUCCUGAAAGGACAAAUUAUUUCCACCAAGGAGGCAAAGCUCUUUUCUUUUCUGGCUCUUCUUAAUUCAUAUGUACCUGAUACCACCAUUUCACUUUCACAGUGUGAAAAGUUUUUAGGAAUCACACCCAAGAAGGCUUACUGGGGAACAGAAAAACUUGAAGAUAAGAUGGGCACCUACUCUACAAUUCUGAUAAAAACAGAGGUCGUGGAAUGUGGAAAAUACUGUGGAGUGCGCAUUAUACACCCUUUGAUUGCUAUUCGCUCACUGGAAGAAUUGAAGAUAAGCUAUGACUUGGACAAAAGUCAAAUUAUGUGGGAUAUGCUAACAGAAAAUGUGUUCUAUGAUACUGGUAUAGGAAGAAGCAAAUUUUUCCAGGAUAUGCAAACACUGCUGCUCACAAGACAGCGAAUUGAACAUGAAGGUGAAACAGGGACUUGGUUUUCCCCAUUCAUUGAAGCAUUACAUGAAGAUGAAGGGAACAAAGCAGUUGAAAAAGUAUUGCUGGAAGGUAUUCAUCGGUUCCACCCAAAUGCAUUCAUUUGCCAAGCCUUGGCAAGACAUUUCUACAUUAAAGAGAGGGACUUUACCAGUGCCCUUCAUUGGGCAAAUGAAGCAAAAAACAUAGAACCUAACAAUUCUUAUAUCUCAGAUACACUGGGUCAAGUCUACAAAAGUAAAAUAAGAUGGUGGACAGAGAAUAAUGAAAGAAACAGAAACAUUUCAGUUGCUGAUCUAACUGAACUUUUGGAUUUAGCAGUUCAUGCCUCAGAAGCAUUCAAGGAAUCUCAACAGCAAAGUGAAUAUAAAGAGGAUGAGGCAAUGGAAAGGUUUAAUCAGAAGUCGAAGAGGAGGUAUGAUACUUACAAUAUUGCUGGUUAUCAAGGGGAGAUAGAAGUUGGGCUCUAUGCAAUCCAGAUUCUCCAGCUCAUUCCUUUUUUUGACAAUAAAAAUGAACUAUCUAAAAGAGAUAUGAUCAAUUUUAUAUCAGGAAAUAGUGAUAUUCCUGGGGAUCCAAACAAUGAAUUUAAAUUAGCCCUCAAGAAUUUUAUUCCCUAUCUAACUAAAUUGCGAUCUUCUUUGAAAAAGUCCUUUGAUUUUUUUGAUGACUAUUUUGUCCUUCUAAAACCAAGAAGCAACAUUAAGCAAAAUGAACAGUCCAAAACUCGGAGAAAGGUGGCUGGAUAUUUUAAGAAAUAUGCAGAGAUAUUUGGUCCCUUUGAGGAAUUACAAAACAGAGAUCUUGGAUCACAGCUUAGUUUGCCACUUCGAGUAGAGCUGUAUCGGAGAAGCCUAGAAGUUUUAAAAGCAGACAAGUUUUCUGGGCUCUUGGAAUACCUUAUCAAAAGUCAAGAAAUUGCUAUUAACACCAUGGAAGAUAUAGUGAAAAAAUACACUUUUCUCUUUGAACAAUGCGCUGUCAGAAUCCAGCAAAAGGAAAAACAGAAUUUCAUCUUGGCCAAUAUCAUUCUCUACUGCAUUAAACCUACCUCCAAAAUUGUGAUGCCAACUAAAAAACUGAAAGAUCAGCUUCGAGAAAUCUUGCAACAAAUAGGCCCGUCUUAUCAAUUGUCAGAACCUUAUUUCUUAGCUUCCCUCUUAUUCUGGCCAGAAAACCAAAAACUAGAUCAAGAUUCUAAACAAAUGGAAAAACAUGCUCGGUCACUACAAAAUUCUUUCAGGGGGCAGUAUAAACAUAUGUAUCGUACGAAGCAUCCAAUUGCAUAUUUCUUUCUUGGGAAAGGUAACAAUAUGAACAGACUUGUCCACAAAGGGAAAAUUGAUCAAUGCUAUGAAAAAACACUUGAUAUUAAUAUCUGGUGGCAGAGUGGAAAAGUAUGGAAGGACAAAAAAGUCCAAGAACUUUUGCUUCGUUUAAAGGGACGAGCUGAAAAUAACUGUUUAUACAUAGAAUAUGGAAUCAAUGAACGAAUCACAAUACCCAUCACACCUGCUUUCUGGGGUCAACUAAGAAGUGGUAGAAGCAUAGAAAAAGUGUCCUUUUACCUGGGAUUUUCCAUUGGAGGCCCACUUGCUUAUGAUAUUGAGAUUAUUUAAGAGCCUGAUCUUCUCCCUGCAGGAAUGUGGUCUCAGUACAACCUUUUUUUUUUUUUUUUUGACCCAAGACUUUAAAUUUCUCUUAAGUAUGUUAUGAGUCCUAUACAGACAGUGCUGAAAAAGAAAAAAAGUGAGAAAUGUGGACAGUAUCAAAUAUCUUCCUUGGCUUGGAUAACACUGUCAAAGAUAAGAUAAGAACAAGAUAAGGAGUUAGGGAUGGAAUUAGGAGAAGUGAAUGUAAUAAGUCAGCCCCACAGAACUCCACCACUUCCCCCAAUUACCCAACCAAGGCAUGGAUUGAGGUAGAGUGCCUCCUUUCUUCUCAACUGGAAAAAAUUUUCAGCAUAGAAAAAAUAGUUAUAAUUCCAAUACAUUAUAAUAUUGGGAAGCAUUUCAUUAAAAAGGUGAAAUCCUCUCAAGCUGAAGAGCAACAUUUGUUCUUACCAAGCACAUCAGCACUCAAGGAUCUUUCAAAGCAGAGGAGCAACCAGUUCUCUGAAGGUCAUACCCACAGAAGUCAGCAGAUUUUACCAAAGCAGGCUGGAGAAUUAGACUGCCUUUUCAUGUAGUAGGAGGCAGUUGAGCAAAAGUGGGGCCGGGGUGAGUGAGUUAUAGAACUCUAUACACACACACAAACCAACCAACCAAACAAACAAACACUGGAACUCCAAAGCUAAUUAAUAAAAAUGUCUCUUGUGAAAAAAGACUAAUUUGUCUCCCAUCCAGGGAAUCCUAACAUACUGGCAAGAUUUGCACUGAAUAAGCACAACCAAUGAGAGGAAAUCAAAAUGCAAUUUUCCUCCAAUAAAAUUAUGGACAUGGACAAUCACCAAUGGUUUCGAAAACUGAUAAAAAGCUGAUAAACAACUUUAUAGCAGAUGAAUCAGACUUUCCUAAAUCCUGAUUAAUAUUAACAGAGAGAGAGCCAGACGUAUGAGAUUAUGGAGUGCACACAUCACCAAAUAAUUGAACCUGAAUCUGGAUCAAUUCAGGAUCUUUCUUCCAAUUGAAAGAAAAUACAGAUGUUGGAUAUGCUUCAAAGUAAUUCCAUGUGUAAAGUAUGGAGAUGGUGAAAGGAAAGUAGAUAAACAGUAUAACU